AUGGACAGCAGCUCCAAAGAGGCUCGGAUGGAGGAGGCACCUCCGAGGUACACAGCCACCCCUCGCCUGCCCUGCAUCCCCCACCAACUCAAAUGCCUCCUGAUCGUGGUGGUGGUGGUGGUCAUCAUCGUGGUGGUCAUCGUUGCCUUCCUCCUCUUGGGGCUGNNNNGACCCCCUUCUUCCACCUGACAGGUCUUACGAAUGACCAUCCAUAGCUUGGAUGGUGAAGGGACCCCCCAACACCUCACCAUGAGCAAGAAGGAGAGAACAGGGACGUUCGCCGUGCGGGAUGGGCUCAACGCCUCGGCCGUGGUGGUGUAUGACUACAGCAAGCUGCUGGUCAGCUACAGGUCCUGGAGUCACCGCGCCUGCUACAUCACCCGCAUGGACAAGGACAACAUCCCAGGGCUGGACACUGUCACCGAGACCUUCCAGCACCAUCAGGCUGAGAUGAAGGAGGCUGGGGACAACAUCAUGCCCUUGGCUGAUCGCUCCAUCCUGGGCACCACCAUCAACAUCCUCUGCAGCACCGUCCCCAUCUACUGGGCAUAG